UGAAAUCUCAAAUUUGAAUUUGUUACCGUUGGUAAACAGGGUAAACAGUUUUGAAUAUUGAGAAUUAAUUACUCUCAGAUUAUUUUAAAAAAUGAGUAAUCAUUGAAUAAAGGGUUACUCACUUGAGAAGAAAUAAGAGAAUUUUUAUUGUUUAGAAUGGCUGAUUUGGAAACUUCAGAGCUGGUGAAUUCCGAGGGGACAGAUAUCCCCUCAAAAUUAAUUAUACCGAAACGUAGAUCAUCAAUUUUUCAACGAAGAUCUAUAAAUACACGUCAACAAGAUUACGUCGAAGCAAUCAACGAAGAACAGAAAUCAGAAGCGAGAAAAAAUAGCGAAGACCCCCAGGAGGAAAUCUUUGACCUGAGUGAUUACAUAUCUUCAUUGAAAAAGGAGCAAAGUGCCUGGAAGAAGACCUUGAAUGAGAGAAAAUCCCAGAGGAGAUGCCUCGCAAAAGAAGAAUCUCAAGUUGCUGCUGGAGUUGAAUUAGAUCUUUCCCUUUUCACAGACGAAGAAAGAGCUUUCAUAGCAGGACGUCCCGAUUACGAUGCGACAUCAAGGAGUCUAGACAAUUUACUGAAAAUUGCAGUGAAAUCCGUCGAACUGAAUACACAAGUUGAUCACCUCUCCAAGACAAUCGCUGAAACAAUCAAUCAAGAGAUGAAUGUAGCCAAAUGCCAACUGAUGGAUCUGUCUGAUAUAUAAAAACUCAAUCGCUCUCAAUAUUAA